GGGGAGGAGGGGGAAUGCCUUGACCAGAUGAUCUGAAUAUGUAGCUGUUAAGAUUUGUCUUCAUAACUUGAAUUUUCUACCAAUGAUCUUCUAUUUCCUCUGCAAAAUAAAGCUGUUGUUCCUUUUAAGAUAAAAAGAUUAGUGCUUGUAACUGAAGGUUCUUCACUAAAAAGAUUAUCUUAAUUAGACCAUGGUCAUUGUUUUUCCUUAGUGAUUUUUUCAGGCCUUAGGUUUUUGUGCAAUUCCCAAACUAAGUAUGGGAUGAACAUGAAGAUUAAGAAAGGCUGUGCUAGGAAACAUGGAAGCUUCCAUGACAAUAAAGGACUCGAGAAUAACACUGUUGACUUGAACAAGAAAAGGAAAUUACAGGCAGGGCAAUCGGAUUUGCCUAUACCAAAGCAUAAAUGCUGGGAUCGCAGCUUUGCUUCUGAACCGGUCUUUGUGUUUGAAAAAAAUCCUGAGGUGGAAAGCAUAUUUCCAAACAUAAUAAAUGGGAAAACAGAAAGAGCAGCCAUGGAUUAUGAGGCAGAACCUGAAUCAGGGAAAGACAGCAAUAGUUUUGGUGGAGAUUCCAACUCUGCAACGUCUUCAUACGAUGAAGCUAAAGUCCAAUUAGAAAAAGACAAACUUGCAUUUCUGAGUGGAGAGCAUCCUAGCCAUCAUGAUGAAUUACAAGCAUUUCAGACUCUUGAGGAGCACCUCGUAGAUUUGUGUGAUCAAGUAGAUUACACUAGCUCUGUAUAUGGAAAUGACUGCAUUGAACAGCCUACAGAUAACGAACUUGAAGAUAUUCUCGACUCCCAUGGGGUUAACCCAACAAAUAUGUACGUUCUUUCAUCCGAAAGAUGGACUGUAGGCCAAGAUGCUCAACCAGGCACUAGGAAACAAACCAUCGAUCAAGAAUUCGAGCAGUUCUUUUCCAAUCUUAUGUUGUAGCAAUAGUUUAACUGGAAGCGUGUAUAUUUCUAAA